AUGCAGGUGUACUUACCGCUUCUUUUGCUUCUUCAAGUAUACCUAGUCGUUGCAUAUCGGAGCGCACAACCUGCAUGGAACGGCGUCACCCCACCCGGCUCGAUCCCCGAUGGCAGGCCGUUCCUGCCCUACUACGUCCCUGCAGGUUCUGUGUCAGUUGAUGACACGUCACGUUCGCUCAUCUUCUCGUCUCAUUCGUGGCAUAACUUGUCAAACCCGAAGUAUGUCGACGGCACCCUUCAUUCGACGAGCACUCCGGGUGCGUCUAUGACCUACUUGUUCUCCGGUACGGGAAUACAGUGGUUUGGCACCACAGGACCAUCCCAUGGGAAGACGAAUGUCUUCCUUGACGGGAAGCAGAUCGGAACUUCGGAUGGAUACGCGAAGAAUGAGGCAUACCAGCAACGACGUUGGGCAAGUGACGAGUUGGUGUUUGGUCAACAUACCCUCCGAAUUGUCAACACCGAUCAAGGUCAAGGAACGACGACAGACGUCGAUGCACUAGUAGUGCGCCAAACAAAGGCGGCCAAGUUGGGGCACAAACCUGACAUGAUCCUCGAUGCGUCUUCGCACCCAAGUUGGACGUUAGUACAACGGGGAGUCACGGGAGUCUCCGCGAUGCAGCUCUCGGUUGUCUCGGACAACGAAGCCAUCAUCUUCGACAAGGUCGAACACAAUCCGCUCACGGUGAACAAUCAUCCCGCGUGGGGUGCUGUCUACAACCUUGAAACCGACCAUGUUCGACCAUUGAACGUCUUGUCAAACUCCUUCUGUGCAGGUGGGACGUUCCUCUCGAAUGGUACGCUCAUCAGCGUCGGUGGUAAUCCGGUUGUGACGGACAAGACCAGCGCGGCUGAUUUCGGCGAUCUUAAUGGCUUACAGGCUGUUCGCUUGUUUACGCCAUGUGAUGACGACAAAUGCGAUAUCUUCGAAGACUCGGAUCAUAUCCGGAUGACCAGCGCCCGGUGGUACGUGACCGUCACGAGACUUGACGACGGAUCGGCCCUAAUCAUGGGUGGUUCAAAGAAGGGCGGGUGGAUGAACAAUGCCACCGUGAACAAUCCAACUUUCGAAUUCUUUCCUCCCAAGAACAUCCAUGGAUACAAUGGGCUUCCGAUCCCCUCAAGUUUCCUCAAAGACACGCUGAAUGCAAACCUGUUUCCGAUUGCGUUCACACUACCUGACGGAACAGUUUUUGUAGCCGCCAAUCAGGACUCGAUGAUCUACGACUGGAAGAAGAAUGAAGAAACUCGGCUUCCCCGUUUCCCGAAUGGGGUUCGAGUGACGUAUCCUAUGACAGGAACCGCGGUUCUCCUGCCCCUCGCUGUGGCGAACAACUAUACGCCCAUUAUAGUCGUCUGUGGGGGAUCUGCUGUUGACGACACAAAGCCGGGACACGAACUGUCUUCUCAAGCCCCGGCCUCUGACCAGUGCGUUCAGAUGACGCUUACACCGACCGGCAUUGCUGCCGGAUGGGAAGUCGACCUUAUGCCGACUCCGCGAGUGAUGCCUGACGCAGUCCUCCUGCCGGAUGGGAAGGUCGUGAUUGUGAAUGGUGGACGAACCGGUAUUGCAGGAUAUGGAAAUGUAAAGGGACAAAUUGGACAGUCCAACGCGGACCAUCCUGUCUUCCAACCCAUACUUUACGAUCCCGCCAAACCCCUCGGGCAACGCUUCAGCAGCGACGGCAUGCCAACGAGUCAAAUACCAAGGCUGUAUCAUUCGGUUGCGACCCUCGUCCCCAGCGGAGACAUUAUGAUAGCAGGAUCUAACCCGAAUCUCGAUGUCUCCAAUGUGGAAUACCAAACCGAGUAUAGGGUGGAAUGGCUUAGUCCCCCGUACAUUGCCAUGGCAAGACCGAGCAUCCUUGGUUUGCCCGGGAACAUGCUUUACCGCAAAGAGAUUUCGGUCCAAGUGAGAUUGCCGCCUGGAACAAGCAACAUCACGAUCUCGCUCAUGGAUCUCGGUUUCGUCACCCACGCGGUGCACAUGAACUCUCGUCUGGUUGAACUGGUGUGCACGUCGUCCACCCUGCCCACAGGAUCAAGCGACGUUACGACUCUGGCAAUUGCCGGACCACCAUCGUCACUUAUCUACCCGCCUGGAUAUGGCUGGCUGUACGUGCUCGCUGAUGGAGUCCCGAGCGCAGGUAGGCGUAUCAUGGUUGGCGACGGUAGGGCGCCGCCUGAUGAUCCCGGUGCUACAGUAAACCUUCUCGACCACACGAAAGGACCGACGUCUAAGUCUGAGCAUGAUGCUCAGGGUGGAUAA